UUCCGGCGGGCGGCGGGACUCAGUGACGUGGCAGGCGAGUCUGCACGGUCCUGCGGGCCGGGACACGGGAGUGUCAGGUGGCGUCGGGGCAGCUCCCCCGGGACAGGGAGCUCGGCCGCGGCCUCCGGCCGGAACCGGAAGUGCCACGUGUCCCCACUGUGCCUGCGCGGCCGGCGGCUCCGCCCAGGCCCUCCCUCCUCUCCGGGUUCAGCUGCCGCCUCCGAGCCCCGGCGUUCGCGGCCCCGCCGGCCUGACUCCCGAGCCUCUCCGCGCCGGGUCGCGGCCGCCGGCGGGCUGAAGAGACCGAGACGCCAUGCCUCGGCCUUGACGCGCCGCCCUCUCGCGUUCCGCUUCUCCGGCCUUCAGUUCCCGCGCCCUCGGAGCUCUCGGCUCGGCGCCGCGGUCGACCCCGACGACUCAGUCCUACCGUGAGAACCCCGGGCGCCAUGGCCCAGCCCGGGAUCCCGGCCGCCCGCGGCGCCGCAGCGGGCCUCCAGGCCCAGAACGGGGCCGCCUCGGCCUCGGGGUCUCCUUACACCAACGGUCCUGUCCAAAGUACACUGAUGUCAUCACAAGUGUCAUCGAGCCAAGGAUAUGAUUCCCAACUUCCAGGAUCCUACCCUCGUCCAAUGCCAGCAAAGACUUUGAAUCCGUUCUCUGCACAGUUGAACUUUGGUGGUUCUCAGGGAUCUGGGCAGACUCUUAAUAGACCACUUGUGGCUUCUAAUCCAGUACCACCCUCACUUCAUAGUGGUCCGUCCCGAAUGCCACCACCUCCUUCUCAGAACCCAACUGCUACAUCAAUGCCUUCUGGUAGCUUUCUUCCUGGAACCAAUGCACCACCACCUUUAAACUGGCAAUAUAACUACCCAUCCACAGGACCACAGACUAACCACUUUCCUCAUAUAGCUCAACCAUCUGCAUCUGGGAAUACAAAUUUAACAGCAGAUCAUCAGUAUGUUUCUUCUGGAGACCCUGCACUUCAAACCAGCUUCAUAAAGCCAGGUACUCAUCUGAGGAGUGUUUGA